UGGGGUUCGUGGGAAUUCUACUCAAUCCUCACAAAAGAGUUGUCCAAACAACUGGCAAAAUUCCCUCAUGUGAAAGUCACUGUCUUGGUCCCUGAAGGUUCAUGUGAUGAACUUGACAAGAGAAAUGCUGAAAGUCACAAUGUUACCAUUGUUGAAGCAAAAAAGCUACCUGGAUUCCAAAAUCCUAAUGACUGGCUGCGCUUCCCACCAAAAGGCCUCACUACAGACAUUGUCAUUGGUGUGGGUGAGAGAUUUUGCAAAAUGGCGCAAAUAUUUAAGGAACUUCACCACUGCAAAAGUAUUUUUGUGGGUUGUGAUUCUUUUGAAGAAAGCUUCUCUAGAGAUGCAGAAUUAAGAGAUGCCCUGGCUGAGAUGGACGAUGUAUACCAAGGAAAUAGCAAUGUUCAGCCUAUGAUGCAAAUGGCUGAUCUUCCAGUUGCUGUUGGACCAAAGAUAGCUGACACACUUUCUGUUUCCCUCUCUCGUCAGAAGAAAGAAGUUUUCAAUUUAACUCCAGGUAUACUCAGUGAAUUUGCUGAUGUCACACAUACCCUUUGUGAUAGGAAAAAGUUUCGUAUCCUGGUGGCAGGUCAUGGCCACUCCAGGUAUUUUCACAAAGAAGGACUUGACACUGUUGCUAAAGCAGUUGCUGGGUUGAAGGACAGAUCCUAUGAGAUUAUCUUGGUUGGUGCUGCUAAAGGAGAACAUAGGGGAUUUGUUGAGAAAUUUCAUGAAUGUGGUGUACCCAAACAUCAGCUGAUCAUUCGAAGCCCACCAAAAGAUGAAGAAGAAAUGAAAAGGUGGCUCUGUGAAGCAGACCUUGCCAUUGUGCCCUCAGGUGAACAAGGAUUUGGAAUGUUUGGUCUUAUAGCCUUGUCAUCUGGCCUCCCUAUCCUGGUACAUGGU